AUGCAAUAUUACAAAAUUCAUGGAGGAGCACUUUUCACUUUUUUUAGAACUAGCGAAGCUAUAGGGAUGUCAGAUCCAUUAGUUUUAGAGAUUCUUAGAAGGGAUAAAGAACAAACUGAAAGAGAAAAAGCAAGAAAAGCUCUCAGAAAAGAGGUAUUAGAUUUUGAAAGAGAAAUCAGAGAAUCUGAACGUUCAGAAAGAUUAAUCAGAGAAAGAGAACGUUUAGAAGCUAUAGAAAGAGAAAGAAUCUUAAGAGAGCAUCAAGAAUGGGAACGUACCCAAUACUUAUUAAGAAAUGAAAGAGAACGUCAAGAAAGGGUACGUCAACAACAAUUAGAGACUGAAAGAAUUGAAAGGGAGAGAAUAGAAAGAGAAAGAGUUGCAAGAGAGCAACAAGAAUGGGAACGUACCCAAUAUUUAUUAAGAAUCGAAAGAGAACGUCAAGAAAGGGUACGUCAAGAACAAUUAGAGAGAGAAAGAAGAGAAAGAGAAAGAGUUGCAAUUUCUAUAUGUAUAAAUAAAGCACAUUAUAAUAAAUAA